AUGUCCGCCCCGUCCCUCACCAACUUCAUUGUCAAGCGCCCAUGGCUCCAGCGCUGGAUGAUGCCGCUGUCCCAGUGGUACGCCGACGCUGCCGGCUACAGGAGACUCGGCCUCAAGUACGAUGACUUGAUCCCCGAGGAGACCCCCGUUGUCCAGACCGCCAUCAAGCGCCUGCCUCCCAAGGAGGCCUACGACCGUGUCUUCCGUAUCCGCCGCGCUUUCCAGGACCUAACCAACGAUUCAAUCGCAGUGCUCCAUCUCCCAUACCCUCCUCCCCCCAACGAGCAGACCAAGCCUGAGGAGGAUGUUGAGUACCUGAGCCCGAUCAUCCGCGAGAUCGAGAAGGAGGCGAAGGAGCGCGAGGACCUGGACACCCUUGUUGUUCGCCGAUAA